AAUCACGAGCUGCGAAAGAGCUCUGACUGAGGUUAAGACCGGAGAUGAGAUUCUGACAAAACGGGAUAGACUGAACCGUAAUGGAACAUAACUGCCAAUGUUAACUGUUAAUAAAAUGUAUUGUUAAUGCAUGAACUCCAGUAUACACAUACCGGUAAGCAGUUUAAUCAGAAUCUGAGAGAUCACACUUCCAAGACAAUGGCGAUAUGUUUACUCAGGAAACCUUUUAACCUACCGGUACUAGUACUCUUGAUUGUUUUUAUUGUGCCGAGUCUAGCAGUAACAGACUGCAAAUAUGGGCAGUACUGGGACACCUCUUACGAAGCGUGUCAGAAUUGUUCUCCCUGCGAUAAAGAUGUCAUUCUGGGCACAAGCCAGGACUAUUCCCCCAUGUAUGAUUGCAAGAAGCACAAAUCCCUUUGCCCUAACUGGUGCUCAGUGCAGUCGGCGUCAAGAUCUAACGAAGGAAGCGACGCGUGCCCGCCGACCACCCCCUCUCCUCCAGGUAGAAUUGCACGUGCACCCCAAAUUUUAACCUGCAUGGCUUUUUCUUUCUUUAUUUCUUUAUUUCCUUUUAUGCUUCCGUCCACCUUUUACAGAAAGUUCUGGGAUGGCAGUGCAUGUACUGAAUGUUCCCCCUGCCCCGCCAGACUAAUCUCAAGUGAUAUCUAUCAGGAAUUACCGUGCUAUCGCCUGGGUGGAAUAUGUCCCUAUUGGUGCUCCCCCCGUCAAGCUGACCCUCGGGGUGAAACCCCUGCUGCAUCCAGUGCAUGUUACACGAAUAAGUAUCCUCCAACCACCCAGUCCCCUGCAGUUCCCCAAGUAAACGUUACAAUCACGGAACCACGGUACAAUUUGACUGCCAACGCCUACACUGUGUCGUGCUCCGCAUCCUUCCGCGACAUGGACAUCCCUACGCUCAAGUGGUACGGUCCAUCAGGGCAACUUCUUGCAUCCACCGAUACGUCGGGCAAAUGGAAGGUGACCGAGGGAGAGGUGACCGAGGAAGUCGUGACCCAAGGGGUCGUGACCCAGGGGGUCGUGUCAACAACUCUCCUUAUGAAGGACUUCCAGGAGGGGGAUGCAGGGAACUACAUGUGUGAAGCUCAAGGGGAGCGGAGUGACAACCGGACGAUUCUCCUAGAAUAUGUGGAGCCACCAGCGAUUACAAGCACCUCGUCUCCCACCACUCAACCAAGUCAGCCGUCAAUCAAGCCCAAACCAACUGCUGGUGAAUCCAACACACCAAAAGAAGGUGGACUUUCUACCCUAUGGGUUAUAGUCAUUGCAGUUGGAGUUUUAGCUGGAGUUGUCCUAUGUGCGGUUUGUGCAUUCCUGAUUUUGAAACAGAGAUUUACACGUAGGGGCCGUACUCAAAGGAGUAUAGUUACUGUAGCGGACACUGAAGCCCAUCCACUGGUUACUGUAAACAAUUUAGUGGAAAGGCUAUUCUUGGAGACGUCUGAUUUCAAAAGUGCUACGGUCAAGGGGAUCCAGGCCUGUCUAGACCAACCUAAAUGUGAAGCUGUCAUCAUCAAGAAAAACAGAAAAAAGAUUGGAAUAGUGCGUACCGGUAGUAAUCAAGAUGCAUUCUUCAUCGAAACAUUAGCUUGGAAUGACAGCAUUGGAGUUUGGAUGGAAUAUUCUCACAAAAAUAUAUUUCUUCUGUCUUGGAUGAAGUGUUUUCAACGAGACAAUGAACUGUUAAAGACAUUGAAGAUGAAGUGUCUGAAGAUAGGAAACGUUGCAGAGACAUCUGCUCAUAUCUCCUGCCCAUCCAUUGAGAACACUUUCUACAUGCAUUUUGAAGAAAAGAAUGUUCCUGGUGGCAGCUCAAGCGCUGGAGCAGUGGAGCUCAUGUGUGACGGCAGCAGGGAGAUCUCUGACCUUCGACCUAGCGUGACCUAUAGCGUGCAGCUUGGUAUCAAGGGUCAAACCGGGGAUUCCGGAGGUUACAACUGGGUUUGGAAGGAGGAGUUCACCACGAGAAGUAUAACGGUGCAGUCAGUGACACCCAACGACACAUCGGCUAAAAUUACUUUGAACGAGCAUUCAAUCCCAGAACUCUAUUACGAGAUCAACCAGGCAAAACUGAAGCCAAUGACGAGUGCUGAGAUUUUGAUCCCUUCCCUAAUCCCCGGAAUGGAGCAGGUUUUACAGAUCAAGGUCAAGGAGAAUGUUGGAGGCACCACGGCUUACAGACUUCUUCAAGAAAAGUCUUUCAAGACAUCAGGGUCCGUGGAUGGUGGAGGAGACUACAGGGGAUAUGCAACCACAGAUGGUCCUAUUUCAGAACCUGAAGAAGAGCCUGGUCCAUCUCACCCACGAAGGAAGAAACCAUCAAGAACAAAUGUGCCAACAAAGUGUGGCACCGGACUGCUCGAAGCGAUCCACACUCUGCGUCAUAGUGAAAAAUUCAAACAGGUGUACUAUCAUACCCCGCAGUGUGUUUUGGAGGCUGUGUUGGAUUGUCUUCGGGAGUUCUUAAAAGUUCACAAGAACAUUAUUCCCAAAGUCAAAUAUGUGGCAAAGGGAAAGCAGAGGGGAAUGGAAGCUAUAGAAGGCUUCAUAACACAUUACGAUAUGCAAGAUUACACAGGAAUCUUUGACUUACUAAAAAGAUUUAUCUGCUAUGACAAGGUUCACACGCAGGCUGGUGUGUUCUUUGCUGAGCAGCUUUUGGAAGCUCAUUGUAUUGACCUUAGAACCUGUCAUGUAUGUAAGCAUGCUGUGUAUCUAUUGAGAUGGUAUGUAGAGAGACAGUCGUCAGUCGACAGUCGUCAGUCGACAGUAUGCUGACUGCAUAUGAAUAUAUGUUCAUGAGCAACAGAAUAUACAGUCAUGCACAUGUAUGCAUAUUAGACGUCCUGUUUUCUUUUCUACAUACCUUAACUUUCAGUGUCUUUUCAAGAUGGAAAAUUCCACCCACUAUUUUCUAAACUGACAACUAUUGCUUACAUAAGAAACCAGUGCGGAUUUCCAUUAUUUCACAUAAAUUUGAUAAUAAAAGUGAAGGUUUCACACCAAGUUCUUAAUUGUCCAGAUUUGGUGGACUUUAUGUAAGAAAUAAUUUGUACUUGCAUAUUGAUUUUAAGCCAAAAGAGAGCACUGAAAUGCUCUGAUGAAAAUAUGCUUCUCUGCUUAACGUUUGCAUUGGCAAUAACUCGUAGGGAAAAAAAAUUCUUGCAGAUUCGUUUCUACCUUCUGUUUGCUUUGGAAAAAGGAGACCAACUGUUGUAUUCUACAUUGGCAUUAUACACAUAUAUCAGUAUAUGGGAAUUUUAUUACCAGUUGGAAUAUAUUGCUGCAUACUGCCUAUUAGUUGUAAUAAGUAAAUGUACCGCUAUGUGAUUAGUAUGAUCAUUUGAUGUUUGUAUAGCUAAUUCUAUACAUCAUUCAUAUAUUCUAGUUCAUUGAUUGGUUUAAAGUGUGUCACAUGAUCAAAAAUAUACACACUAUUUUGCCAAAAGUACUAUUUACGGCUAGCAAAAAUUAACACAGUACUGCCAAAUUUGCAAACUUUUCAUACUUGCGAAAGGGUUUUGGGUUUUCACAAGAAAAAUUUGCAAUAUAAUUGCACCCAAGUGAUGUAGUUUCAGAUGUCUGAUGUGUUUAAUAAUAGUAAUAUUGACUGCCUUCAGGGCAAUACGACUUGUCAUAUAUCGUAUUGCCAUAUUAAAAGCAGUCAAUAUUACUUAAUUAUUUACUGCAUGCUACUGUCAGGCCGUCUUUACAUAUGCAACACGUACAUGUUGUAGUUCAUCUCAUUUACAAUGGCUCAAUGUUGCAAUGUUUAAUGUCAUCCAAAGCAUUUGCCCCAUCUCUCUUGUCUGGUACCCUUUUCACUUGAAUUUAUAUCAACUCCUGUAUACAUGUUACUCUUUAUAUAGCCCGUUAUAUGUAAACCACUACCAUGCAUGCAUGCUUUUCUGCACAAAAAUGGGCACCAGUUGAAUGAAGAAUUGCUUUGUGCAACACAAUGACUUUUCUAACUAAAUCAUCGGUCACAAAUGCCA